CGUCCAGCCGCCAGCGAGGAAGUCCCUCCUCAUCUAAUACUUGAUUGGUGAGGUAGUAAACACUGUGAAUUGUACCGGCAUUGGAUUAGUUUAGUGAUUUGUCAAUCAUGCAACAGGUCCAGAGUUUGUAGUUAUGCGUCAGGUGAAAAUCAUUGUAUUUUGAGAGGGAAAAAAGUCAAUUAACACUAGUAGCCUAACCUAAGCCUUAGAUAGAACUUAAGCCUACUUGAUAUUGUCUACUGUAACAACGUUACUGACUUUUACAACGCAGCGAAGCCGCAACGAUGAAGAGUUUAAAGUACCGCCUGAAAAAGCACGAAGUUACCAUCACUAACACUGAUUGGAACAAGUAUGACGAUCGGCUGAUGAAGGCUGUGGAACGCGGCGAGGUGGACAAGGUGGCCGCAGUGCUGAACAAGAAGGGCAUCAUCCCCACCAAGCUGGACGUGGAGGGGAGAUCUGCCUUCCACCUCGCCGCGACCAGAGGACACGUGGAUUGUUUAAACCUCAUCUUGAGCCACAGUGUGGACGUGACUGCCACCGAUGCCACUGGGAAAAAUGCCCUACAUUUGGCUGCAAGGAACGGGCAGUCAUUAUGUGUUCAGAGGCUCUUACAGUACAAUUGUCCUGUGGGAAACGUGGACCUGCAGGGAAGAUCUGCACUACAUGAUGCCGUGAUGGCGGGCUGUGCCUCCAGUGUUAAAUUGCUCUGUGAUAGUGGGGCUUCGGUGAACACCAGUGAUUUUGAUGGGAGGACUCCUCUGGUGCUGGCCACUCAGAUGUGCCACCCACGGAUCUGCCAGCUGCUGCUGGAGCGCGGGGCAGACAUCACCGUCCGUGAUAAACAGAACAAGACGGCUCUGAUCCUGGGCUGUGAGUACGCCUGUAGAGACGCGGUGGAGGUCCUGCUAAGAAGCGGAGCGGACGUCACCGCCACUGACGGCUCCGGCCACGACAGCUACCACUACGCCCGCCUCAGCAAGAACCAGGAACUGGUGGCACUGGUCAAGAGCUACUUGGACAGCACCAACAAAGCUAAAGAGGCUGCAAGGAUGGAGCUGAAGAAAAGACAGCAGGUGAGUGUAGAGCCUGCUUCAAAUACAAACAAGGAUCAGAUGAUACAUGACCUGGAGAGGCAGAAUGAGAGCCAGCAGGAGUCACUGAGGAAGUUCCAUCAGGAGCAGAGAGCCCUCAUGGACCAGGUCAACAUGCUGCAGCAGCAGCUCAGCCAGGAGAAGUCCGCAAUGGAGGACAUCCACAUGGAGAGGGAACAGCUCAGACAUCUGCUCACGGCCAGAGGAGAGGAUGGGGCUCGCGCUGUGGAAACAGUCAAGGUGCAGAUGAAGUCUCAUCUGGGGGAUUAUUCCGGCCAAUCUGUUAUCAAAGGAAAAGAGAACAUUCUGGUGAGGCAGUCCCACAGCCUGGAUUCCGCUCAGGUCCUGCAGUCGUCGGUGUCGCGACCCCUGGAGCUGACAAGGACGCCAUCGCUGGUGGCAUCGGGCGGCGAGGCGGAGAGCCUGCGGCGGGAGCUGGACGCUCUGCGGAAGAAGCAGGAGGCGUUGGAGGAGGAGACGGCCCAGCUGCAGGCGGCGCUGAGCCGUAAGGUCCAGGAGUGCGAGGAGCUGGCGCAGAGCCGCGACGCCACCAAGCGCGACGCCGACCUGCAGGUGCGGCAGCUGGAGGAGGCGCUGGGCGACGUGCAGAAGAGGAUGCUCGACUCCGAGGCCAAGGUCAAGCAGCUGCAGGCCCACGUGGUGGCGGUCAAGGAGCACCUGAGCAACCAGCUGGUGGAGGAUCUGAAGACGCAGCUCGGCGACGUCAAGGCCAAGUACGAGGGCGCGUCGGCGGAGGUGGGCCGCGUGCGCAACCACCUGAAGCUGAGCGAGAAGGCGCUGGAGGAGUACAAGAAGAGCGAGGGCCAGCUGGCCGUGGAGGCCGAGCGGCUCACCCAGGAGCUCAACGUCCUGAAGGACGAGCGCGAGGACAUGGCCGAGACCCUGAUGGACAUGGAGGCGCACGUCAAGGAGGUGGAGAUCCGUCUGUCCGCCAUGGUGCCCUCCGAGAAGUUCGACAACAUGAAGAACCUGCUGACCAACGCCGUGGACGAGAAGGAGAAGCAGAUAGCCGAGCUGAGGGAGGACUACGACCGCGUCCUGGAGGAGGUGGCCGAGCUCCACAGGGAGAUGGACAACCGCAGCGGCCCCGCGGCCAUGACCGUCCCCCUGCAGGAGCACGAGCGCGUGAGGGCGGCCCUGGAGGAGCACAGCGCGUCUCUCAAGAGGAAGCUGUCGGACAUCACCGCCAAGAGCCAGGCGCUGAUCCAGGAGGUCGAGGAGAGCGAGGAGGAGCGGGAAGUCCUCCGGGAGCAGCUGGAGGACCUCCGGGACCAGAUCCAGAGCGAGUUUGUGCCCCUCCAGUCCCACGAGGACGUGAAGAGGUCACUGGGCCGCGCGCUGGACGACCUGAAGGACAAGCUGGCCGAGGCAGCCGAGAAGAAGCAGCUGGCCGAGGAGGAGCUGCGCAGGCUUAAGGACGAGAAGGCCUCGCUGUGCGAGAACGUCACCCUGCUGCGGAGCAGCCACGUGUCCAGCGAGCGGCUCCAGAGCGAGGUGGGCGCGCUGAGCACGCGCAACACGGAGCUGGAGCAGGAGCUGGACGCCAUGCGGCGGGGGAGCAACGAACGGGAGAGGCAGCUGAGGGAGGCGCUGGCCGAAAAGGAGGCCCUGGAGCAGAGUCUGCAGGGACGGGUGGUGUCCAGGGAGGACCACGAGCGAAUGAGGGCGGAGCUGACCGCCGCCUUGGAGGAGUCCAAGAAUCAAAUCUCCACGUUGGAGAAGAACGGGGAGGCGAGGGAGGAGGAGUUGCAGAAGGUGAAAGAAGAAAGUGCCAUGUUGAAAGAGGAGCUUGAGAAAGUUCAGACGGUGUUCGAAAAUGACUAUAUCAGCCUUAGUGACCACCAAACGGUCACCAGCACGCUGAGCAGUGCCUUAGCUGAAGCUGAGGAGAGGGUCAAGGAAGCGCUCUCCAGGCAUCAGUCGGCUCAGGACGACACCGUGAAGCUGCACGAGGAGAUCGAAGCGCAGAAGAGAGAGCUGGAUACGAUACAGGAGGCUAUUCACGUGAAGUUUGUGCCACUGUCUGUCGUGCAGGAGAAAGAGAGCGGCUUUGAGGCCGCGCUGAAGGACUUGAACGAGCAAUUGAGCGAGAUGCAGGAGAAGUACGACCAGGAGAAGACGGAGAGCGAACGUCGGAAGUCUGAGACUGAGCGUCUGGAGGCAGAGCUGCAGGAGGCUCUGCAGAAGCUGGAGGCCGACCUGGAGUCCGGCGAGAGGCAGCUAGAGGCCGAGGCCGAGCAGAAGGGUCAGUCGGAGGAGCUGAGCCUCAAGCUGGUGGACCUGGAGCAGCAGUACAAGGAGGUGACGGUGCAGCGCGCCGAGCUGGAGGAGCAGAACGCGCUGUGCGCCGCCGAGAUCCAGGCGCUGCAGCGACGCCUGGAGGGGGAGUACGUGCGGCUGGAGCGCUUGGAGGCCACGCAGCAGGCGCUGACCGACAGCCUGCAGCAGGCCCAGGAGCAAUGCCAGCAGGCGCAGGCGGCCCAGCGGCACGAGGCCGAGCGUGCGCGCCAGCUCGAGCAGGAGCUGCAGGGCCACGCCGCCGGGCAGGGCGUGGUCGGCGCCGCCCUGGUGGCCGAGCAGCAGCAGCAGGAGGAGGCGCGCAGGGCGCUGGAGCAGGAGGUGGCCACGCUGCGGCUGGCGCUGCGCGAGGAGGUGGAAGGCAGCGCCCAGCGGGCGGAGGACGUGGCGGCGCUGCAGAGCGAGCUGCUCCGCGCCACCCAGGCCCUGGAGGAGCUGCGCGGGCACGAGGAAGGCGAGGUGGCCGCGCUGCGCAGCGACAAGCAGCGGCUGGAGGAGGAGGUGCAGGAGCUCGGCGAGAGGCUGUCGGGGCUGGCCGAGCAGUACGAGGAGCUGUACCGGGAGACGGCCCUGCGCCGCGACGCCGAGACGCAGGCGCGCGCCGAGGCCGACUCCCUGCAGGCCAAGAGCACCACCAUCGAGGGCGAGAUCCGCGAGCUGAAGGAGCGCUAUGACGGCUCUCUGCACACCAUCGGCGAGCUGCAGAAGAGGAUCCAGAUGUCCUCCGAGCAGACCGAGGCCAAGGACAAGCGGAUCACAGAGCUCCUGGCAGACGUGGAGAGGCUGAAGCAGGCGCUGAACGGUCUGUCCCAGCUGGCCUACUCUGGCAGCGCGCCCAACAAGAGGCAGGCGCAGCACAUUGAUGCUCUCCAGGCCCAGGUUAAAAGCCUGCAGCAGCAGCUGGCUGAUGCUGAAAGGCAGCACAGGGAAGUGGUCUCCAUUUACCGAACUCAUCUCCUCAGUGCCGCUCAGGGGCACAUGGAUGAAGACGUCCAGGCGGCUCCUGCAGAUCAUCCGUAUGCGGCAGGAGUUUGUGUGCUAGAGGGAGCGCGGUGGGAGCACCAGCAUUCACCCAGCAUCCCACAAUGCACUGCACAGCCACAUGUGGGCCCACCCAACGUAGCAACCCACGUAGAUCCACGUUGGCGUCAAGCGUCAUAUGCCUGUCCAGGGUCUAUAGAUGAAGCCACAUGUGAAGGAGGUGACCAGGAACUUUGGGUUAACAGCCACUACAUGUUAGUUUAGCAUGUGCAGUAUUAGCAGGUGUUGGGAGUGAUUAGAUCACGUUAGACGAGGUUUGUUCAGGGCGCUCAGGCGUGCAUGUGAACACAUGGCUGGGAAGUAUUGUAGAAAUGUGAGUGGAAGUGAGGAAAGAGAGGGCAAGUGCAGUUCUUAAAGCAAAGGGAGGGGGUAAGGGAGUGAGUGGAGGGGGGUAAGGGAGUGAGUGGAGGGGGGUAAGGGAGUAGAGGGAGGGGGUAAGGGAGGGAGUGGAGCGCCUUGUGGCUGUUUAGAGGGGGUAUGAGGUUGGCGUUAUGGGAGUGUGAGUGUAGUUUUUGGCAAUCGAGUCACGUCAAUGUCAUGACGCCUCUGAUGGGAUUAGAAGUUACGGUCUACUUUCCCUCCGUGGUGCCCUCCUUUGACCCUCCACAUAGCCACACACACACACACACACACCCCGCCCGCCCGCCUGCAUCUGCAGACUACCAACCCCUCACUCUUCCCAUACACACACGCUAGAGAGAGAGAGAGAGAGAGAGAGAGGAGGUUGUAGCUUCUCCGCCGCCUUGCCUUGCGCAGCAGACUGGGAGCCGGACUCCCACCACUCAUACAGAACCCACACAGUCAUAUGAGCACCUCCACUCUCACGUCCCUACCAGUGUCCCUGGGGUAUCCGCCACAAUGACUUUAACCUGCAGGUCCAAACCAAUCAACACACUCCACACGUCUCCAGUGCUCCCACUCUGUCAGGCUCUCCCUUACUCCAUUUUUUUCAUUCAUCUCAGCGGCCCUGUCUCACUCCAUCAUAUCUCUCUCCUCCUCAUUCUCAUCCUUUUAUUCCUGUCUUUUUCACCUUAGUCAUACGCUUCAUCUAUGUUCUCUCUCUCUCUCACUGUCUUACUCUCUUUCUCAUCUCUCCAUCUCUCUCUCUAAGGGGGGGGGGGGUGUCAUGUGCUGAGGCAGACGCAGAGUCUGUCUCUCUCUCUUUCUCUCUCUGUUUGUAUUUCUCUUACACACUCAAACACGCGCGCGCGCGCGCACACACACACACACAUGUGGUGGGUCCACAGCAUUAUGUGUGGUUCACUCUGGAUGUGGAUGAUUUGGGUCACAGAAUGUUAAUGGUGUGUCUCCUGGUUAAGCGAAUGGGACUUUGAUUGCUUUCUGGUGCCUUGCGGCGACACAGCGUCCUCCCUAUCCCAGUUGCCUGCCUCCUGCCAGUGGGACAACAGCCCCCUCUAGUGGUGUGACUUGGCUGGCCAAGUUUAGUACUUUUACUCUGGGUGAAGUUACUUGAGUAGCUCUCAUGGUUAUUGGGUUUUUUUUUUCAAUGUAGGGAGAUUUUAGGCAUUUGAGAGUCUUCAUUUUUUGCCUGCAAACUGAUAUAUUUUUUCAUGGCUUUUUAAUAUGUUUAUUAAACCCUGUUUUGAGGAAAAAUAUACAGCAGGUCUGGAGUUAGUUAGAGUUCAGGACGCAGGACAGUCAUUGAAUCCCACGGUAGAGGUGGUAUUUAUCUCUUUAUGCAGUCAAAGGCUUUCGUCAGCUGAUCAAUCAGUUGUAAAAGCGAAUGAUUUUUUAAAACAAUAUAUUUCAUGAUAUUCACUUCUCAUGGUAUCCGUUUAUAAUGCAGUAAUAUUGACUAAACUGUUUUAAAUGACCUCUGAUUGAAUGUUUGACCUAACAUGAUUGGGAUUGAUAUGUUUUUAUUUUCCUUUUGGGAGUUAAAAAAAUCAUUUGCAUUAAUACAAUAUAUUACCAAUGUCAUGAUUUCCAUCCACUACUGGUCUUUAACAGGCGUGUGUUGUGGUUUUAUUUAAUGUUUUUUUUUUUUUUUUUUUUAGUUUUACAAGUUAGUCAAACAUCAAUAAAAGUGCCUAUAAAACAGAAA